AUGAGAGGUAUGGUGCCUAGGACUAAGAUUGAGUACAAGGAAACCCCUGAGGCUCAUCACUUCAAGGCUCAGCUUUCGGGGGUAAGAAAAGAGGAUGUGAAGGUGAAACUAGAGGAGGGCGGGAGGAUGAUCCAUGUAAGUGCCAAAUCGACACGUGAGAAUGAGGAAAAGAAAGACAAUUAUCAUCAUGUGGAGCGCGGUUAUGGAGAGUUUAUGAGUAAGUUCACGCUACCUCCUAAUGCCAAACCCGAGCAUAUGAGGAGCUCUGUGGAUAACAAUGGAGUGCUCACCAUCACUAUUCCUAAGGAGAAAAUACGGCAAUCCAAUUACCAGUAA